AUAGAGUACUUGCAAGUCGGCCAUAGUGCAGAUAUCUCUUUCAGAAGGAGCUCUCUUAUAACGUCAGGAAUGCAUCUUAAUCUUGUUUCGGUCACUCAUCUUCUUUUGCUGUUCCUCUCCCGCUGUUCUUUCGGCCUAGAGUCAAUAGAUGUACUUCAGCCUAUCACUAAGAUAUCUCCUGCUAGGAGAGUGGGUACUACUGAUGACUCGUUUGGAUAUUCAGUCACUGUGCAUCAACUGUUUGAUAGUCCGUCCGGUAUGAACAUGGAAGAUAUACUCAACCAAACUCUUAUAAUGGUUGGUGCUCCUCGUGGUGCUUACCCAGGUGGUCUGGAAUAUACUGAAGUACCACCAACUAACUUAGCAUGUCGUCAGUUUUAUUCAUCCAACUCACUUCCUACCAACAUGGAGGACAUACUUGCUUGUUAUAAUCAAACUGGUAUGCACAAUAAGACAGGACUGGUGUAUCAGUGUUCACUAUCCUCUGGGUCUUGUACUGCUCCUCUUGGUAAUGGAGACCCUGAAGCACCUGAUGGACUCCUGUUUGAUAGAGUUGGAGAUAUUGAUAAAUAUACUAAUGGCAUCAGUGAUAAUUUCGCUGAACUUUUCUUUACACAAAGCAAGGAAGGACAGCAGAUGGGAGCUACUGUUUAUAGUGAAGAUGGAUAUUUUGUAGCUUGUGCUCCAUUAUGGGAGUUUACUGAUCUUCCUAACAGUGAUAAUUCUCAGCCAAGAGGUCAAUGUGUUUAUUCUGGUCGUAGCUUAAAGAAUUUCCUUAGAAUAGAUCCAUGUUUCAUAGCCGGUAGUCCUAAUAAUCAAAAUGGCGAAGGUUUCUGUGAAGCUGGAUUUUCUGUGGGUAUAUCCAGUACCCCAAUAUCAAAAAGUAACUUCACAGGUCCAGUUCUAAUGAUUGGUACACCUGGCAGAGAUGCCAGUGCAGGAGGAGUGUUCUAUUAUAAUCCAUUGGAUACUCUUAAUGAUACUUUUAUUCGUCUAGUUGAUGGACGAAAUAUCACCUUUUAUUUCAAUUCAACUUCAACUGUUCCAUUGGAUGGUAGCUUAGUAGGACAAGCACCUACUGUUAGGCCAUCAAAUCAUGUAGGAUAUCUAUCAGGUCCUAUUAAUGUACCAGAUCAAGCAUUUUCAUACUAUGGCUUUGCUCUUACUAGUGGUUUCUUAACCAAUCAAACAGUCAAAGAUCUAGUUGUAUCAGCUCCCAAGUAUAAUCGAACUACACAAGUUGGAAGGGUUUAUAUUGUUACUAAUCCUUCUAAAGUUCCAACAUUAUUCAUUGAUGGAGAUCAGUUUGGUGAGCAGUUUGGAUAUUCAGUUGCAACAACAGAUCUUAAUGGAGAUGGUUGGGAUGAUAUUUUGGUAGGUGCUCCAUUUUACAUUGACACAUUUAGACGGCAUUUUGAGUCUGGCCGAGUAGCUAUUUAUAGAAAUGAUGGAACAGGCACUGGUAAUUUUGAGUACAGUGGAUCAGUGCUAGGUCAGACUAACUUUGGCCGUUUUGGAAUGUCUCUAGCAACGCUUGGUGACAUUAAUAAUGAUGGAUAUAAUGAUUUUGCAGUAGGUGCUCCAUUUGAUGGUGAUGGUGUUGUUUAUAUUUAUUAUGGACAAAAUGUGAAUGGAUCUAUUGUGAAUACCACCAUACAACAAGUGAUAAAUGGUACAGAAGUUGCAGGUCAAGUCACUAAUCUUACUUCAGUCAGUUCAUUUGGGUUCUCUCUUUGUGGCAGCACUGAUAUUGAUCAAAAUGAGUAUAGAGAUCUGGUAGUUGGUGCUUUUGAGUCACAGAGUAUAUUUAUAUUACGUACUAUACCAGUUGCUGUAGCUAAUAUCAGUUUCAAUAUUAAUGUCCCUAUUGUGGUUAUAAACACUUAUGAUUGCUCAUUUCAAGGAGUUGUUCAAAGUACAUGUUUUCAAAUAAAUGUAACUUCAUCUUACACUGGGAAAGGUCUAGCACUAGGAUUCAGUACUACUUAUGUUUUGAGUGAGGUUAAAGCAUCAGGUUCUGCUGCUCGUCUGUUCUUUGACAAUCCUUCAUCAUCUUCAACAAGACGUGGUAUAACAUAUACUGGAGUUAAUGUAACAGUGGCAGAUACUGUUGUGGCCUAUGUGAAGAAUACAACUGAUUUUGAUGAUUUUAAGCUGAGGGUUCAGUUGGAGCAGAUACCACGAGACAAUACUCCAGUGGAUACUAACAUUAAUGUUACUAGCUUCUCACAGUCUCUUAUUAUCCAGUCAAAUUCUUUUCAAGAAAGUAUAUCUGUUCGAAGGAACUGUGGAUUGGAUGGUGUGUGUGUUUCUGAUCUUGUUUUAAAUAUUCCUAGUGUUGUGUUUACGUCUGAUGAUGGUACUGUCUAUAGCAGGAUUGAGGCUGGUUUUGUAAGCAGGAUUACUAUCACUGUAACAAUACAGAAUAAUGGAGAAGACUCUUAUAAUCCUUACCUGAAUAUUACUAUACCUAAAGCUAACUUGAAACAUGUGGCAAAUACUCAAGAUCAAUGCAAUGACACUUCUAUAAAUUCACUUGUCUCAACUGUGAUCUGUUUCAAUGUUCUCCCUUCAAUACUCACCUCAAGGCAUGGCCCAAUAAACUAUGUCAUCAAACUAGAUGUAAUAGAUAUUGAUGGUAAUGUGGAUAGCCUUCCCAUUGAAGUAUCUGUUAAGAAUCCUGAUGAGAUUUACAGUCGGGAAGAUGUGGUUAAUAAUAAUGGAGUGUAUUUGAGCUUAGAUGUUGUGGCCAUUUCUACAUACAGGACUGAAAUUCUGUGGUCUGCAAGGCAGAUAUAUUACAAUGGAAGUGGCUCUACUUUUAUUAACAGCAUUACCAGUUCACCUGGAUCACAACUCAACCUAACAACUGCUCUGUUGAAAACACUUGGAGCUCAAAUAAGAAGUGGCACAAUAGCAGUAUACAUACUAGCCAGCAGCAAUGAGAAUGAAAACUACUUCUAUCCAGCAAGUAUAAUUGCAAGUAAUAAUGUUUCCUGUGAUGAGUCACAACUCAGUUCUCAAGGUUUCACGUAUGUAAUGGACAGACUGCAAAAGGACACUGGAUCUAAUAAACACAAGAGAUCAGCAGGUGGACUUCAUCCUGGUCUUAGUACUAGACAGUCAAAUCCUGGAGCAAGGGGUUGUGCUGGGUCAGACACCACUCGCUGUAUUACUAUUGUAUGUAACUUCACUUCAUUGAAGGAAAGAAUUGAAUUGACUAUCACUGGAUAUUUGAAUGAAAGAUUCUUUACUGGUAAAACUGAAUCAUACCAGUUGUCAGCUUUUGCUCAAGUUAAUGUCACUGAUGGAUUAACCUUCACUUCAAACGACUCUAUCACUGAAGCAGAGAGUAUUAUUAGUGUCAUAAGACUGAAUGAUAAUAUAGCAGAGGCUGAGUUAGGAUUACCAUGGUAUAUUCUUUUAUUUCCCAGUCUAGCUGCUCAGCUAGUCUUUGUCAUUAUGCUGACACUACUUUGCUUUUUGGGUUUCUUUAAAAGAAAGAAGUAUCAUAAAGUUGACGUGACUGGAGAUGAAACAUUUGAACUUAGUCCAUUGGAAAUAGUAAGAGAAGAGAAUGCAGAAGUUGCUCCCCAAAUUAACUAGAUAUGUUUGUCUAAUUUAAUUUUUUAUUUUAGUGAUUAGAUCUAGUAUAUCCAUGCACUCUUAGUCAUAAUCAAUGUUCUUUUUGAUGUCCUUUCUUAUCCAUUAUGUCUUUACAUAUUGGAGUAAUAAUA